AUGAGUAAAUUAUGUGGUGAAUAUUUGCAUAUGGUUUUUGUGUGUAUUGAUAUGGUAUUUAAACGGUCUCACCAAAGAAUAUAUCGGUAUAUCCGCCGCAACGGGAGAAAAAUUAUGAUGACCCCGAGAACACUUAAAGAGUCUUUAGCAGCAAAAGAAUAUUUUGACAGAUUAAUAGAAGAAGCGCCACUUAAGCAAUCUACUUUUCCAAGUAUACUGGAACUUUUUGAUCUGUUAGAUAAAUAUCAGGUGGAGAUACCAGAAGAAAUACGGCUACAAGUGGAAGGCUUGCAGACAGCUUGGCAGGAUUAUCUGAGAAAGUUAGGAGAAGCUGAUGAAAUGCUUGACAAUAAUCGUGAUGAAUUUAAGAAGAUAUUAUUACAUCAAGCCGAAAAAUUUAAAAUGAUCCUUAAAGAAUUCCUAGAUGACUUUUAUCUAAAGCUGCCGACGGCUGCCAACAUUAAUCCAAAGAUAGCUCUUAAAUUUCUAAAAAUUAUAUCACUGAAGGUGGAGGACUGUUUCAAGUUUGAGGAGAGCCUUAAAAGCGAUUUAUCUGUUUUUAAUGUGAAUCAACCUGAAAGCUUAGAUUUGCGUAAACUAGACACAGAGGUAAAAAUCGUUCAGAAUAUUUGGCAGCUUAUUCUCGACUGGCAAACUAGCUGGGAUAAUUGGCGAAAAGGUAACUUCUGGAAAAUUAAUAUUGAUGAAAUGGAGGAUAAGGCCCUAAGUUUAUACAAGGAAUUUAGUAUGUUAAACAAAAUGUAUUAUGAUCGCCAUUGGGAAAUGUUAGAAGUAACAACAAAAAGUAUAGACAGUUUUAGGCGGACUCUGCCAUUAAUUACUGCAUUGAAAAACCCAAAUAUGCGCGAACGACAUUGGAGUAGAGUGCGUGGUGUAAUGCAAGU